AUGCCGGUCCCAUUCUCUAUGCGCGCAGAUGUGUUCGAAAGAUACUGGCCUAUGGUCGAUAAUAUAUGGUCAAGAUAUGAUGAGAUCAACGUUGUCGGCAAGGACAAAAUCCCGUACAACUCCAUACGAUUUGCCUGUCGGUUCGCGCGGAAGCUUGAAAACGAACCCUCCCGAGGCGUUAAUCCUGUCAGCAAGAGGCAGCGCCGGGAAGGAGGAACUUGUACAUGUAGGGUGAAGGCGAAGUUCUUCCACGGACUUCCAGACAUACCUGACCAUUACCGCUUUGAACACUCAAGUCAAAAGGAGUGCGAUUGGCUUCACUCGCACACGAUCGAUGAAUCCGAUGGCAUCAAAAUCAACUCUUUCUUGAAAGCAGCAGCUGCCGUAGAGGCGGCCAAGGGCCACAUGCCGGCGGACAUAUACAGGAAUAUGCGAAGCGUCCAGCUGUUUGGUCAUGAUGCGCUUUUCGUAGGCGACGCUCUCGAUGCUGCAGGUGGGAGAUUCAUGACCCGCAUGCACGCCAAUAAUGCUAAGCAAUCCGCUAUGUCAUCUGCUGGCGGCAAAUUCUCGACUAGGCAGCAUGUAACUGACGUCCGAUAUUCAUUGAAGCAGCCGCACCCUGAGGAGAGAGUUGCACACUUGGCGGAGAUUAUAUCUAUUGAUCCGAGGACAAUUUGGCCUGAAAAUCUUGGCAAGAAGGUAGAUGAUCAGGAAGAGCAUGCAAAAAUCAUCAAGAACGAUAUUCGCUCACUGGUUGAAUCUAUUGCAAUUGGUGGACGCACGACUGUCCCUCGGGAUGUCUUGAUUCCCCUCAUGAACUCGGUAGCCGCUUACAUGGACAAGUCGAGUGAAGACGUGGAUGGGAAACCUCUCUUGGAAGCAAUCCUUCGAGUUGAGGAACAAUGCGGUAUGGUUUCCCACCUGCGACAAGAUUCACCUAGCGGUGCUUUCGGCAACAGUAACACUUUUGGGUGA